UGUUGAGCACUGCUCAUUUAUUCGUUAGGGACAGAAAUGAAAUUAUCGCUGAACACGUCUCCCUGUGUCUUUACUCACUGCAGCGUCAUGAGACACACACACACAGAGAUAGAGAGAGAGAGAGAGAGAGAGAGAGAGAGAAAGACAGAGACAGAGAGAAAGAAGUCUGGCCCUGAACAGAAGGAUAAACGCUGAAAUAUUGUGUGAUUAUGAAGCAGGACGGAGUGAAUCUGGUUGAAAAGGGUUCAGAGACGGAGGACAGGAUGGAGAAAGAAGGUGGAGCAUCAGACAGCGAGUCCAAGCCCGAAUCCGCUGUACCCAAUGUUCCCGCCCCUUCUGAUGACACCCCUGAGGUUCUGAACAAAGCCCUGUCAGGCCUGUCAUCACGGUGGAAAAAUUGGUGGGUGAGAGGAAUCCUUACUCUGGCCAUGAUCUCCUUCUUCUUCUUCAUCAUUUACCUCGGCCCAAUCGUGCUGAUGAUGAUCGUGUUAGUUGUGCAGAUAAAGUGUUUCCAAGAGAUCAUCACCAUCGGCUACAGCGUGUAUCACUCCUACGACCUGCCCUGGUUCAGGACACUCAGCUGGUAUUUCCUCUUGUGUGUGAACUACUUCUUCUACGGUGAGACGGUGACCGAUUACUUCUUCACGCUGGUGCAGAGGGAGGAGCCGCUGAGGAUUCUCAGCAAAUAUCAUCGCUUCAUCUCUUUCGCCCUCUAUCUCUCUGGGUUCUGCAUGUUCGUAUUGAGCUUAGUAAAGAAACACUACCGGCUGCAGUUCUACAUGUUUGGCUGGACCCACGUGACUCUGCUGAUUGUGGUCACUCAGUCACACCUCAUCAUCCACAACCUGUUUGAAGGCAUGAUCUGGUUUAUCGUACCUAUCUCCUGUGUCAUCUGUAAUGACAUCAUGGCCUACAUGUUCGGAUUCUUCUUCGGUCGAACUCCACUCAUCAAGCUGUCUCCUAAGAAGACAUGGGAAGGAUUUAUUGGUGGAUUUUUCUCCACCAUAGUGUUUGGGAUCCUGUUGUCCUACGUCAUGGCAGGUUAUCGUUACUUUGUGUGUCCAGUGGAGUUUAAUAACGAUUCGAACAGGUUCACGGUGGACUGCGAGCCCUCAGAGCUCUUCCAGCUGCAGGACUACAUACUGCCCACUGUUCUGCAGUCUGUCACUGGCUGGACCACAGUGAAGCUUUACCCCUUCCAGAUCCACAGCAUCGCUCUGUCCAGCUUCGCCUCCAUCAUGGGACCUUUCGGAGGAUUCUUCGCCAGCGGAUUCAAGAGGGCCUUCAAGAUUAAGGACUUUGCCAACACCAUUCCUGGUCACGGAGGAAUUAUGGACCGCUUCGACUGUCAGUACCUCAUGGCCACCUUCGUCAACGUUUACAUCGCCAGCUUCAUCAGAGGUCCAAACCCGAGUAAAGUGAUCCAGCAGUUACUGGCCCUGAGACCAGACCAGCAGCUGUACAUCUACAACUCUCUGAAAGCUCACCUCACUGAGAGAGGCCUGCUGGGGGCGCUGGAGGCGGCAGCCUAAAGCCUGAAGCUGCACUGGAAACAGGCAGAGCCGUGAGAGCCAGAGAGAGAGUCUGGGAGAGCGCAGGGUCACGGGUCGUCCUGGAGCAGGAGGGGAGCCAUGUGGAGGUGGGAGACUCGAAGAUCCAGAUCAGGAAAAAAGAAAAAAAAUCAAAAGCCUUUGGUCAUUCCAUAUUCUCUGUAUGCGUGUGUGUGUGUGCCCGUGUGUGUGUGCCCGUGUGUGUGUGCCCGUGUGUGUG